AUGAGAAGACUCGCCUUCGAUCUGGCAGAGAGGAUGGGAAUCAAGCACAGGUUCAGCAAAGGAAAGGGGUAUGCAGGAGUGGAUUGGUUCAGUGGCUUCAUGAAGCUCAACCCUCAACUUGCAGCGGGGCAGUACGUCCCGUCCCUCUUCAUCUUCCCCCAGAAGACGAUGAAUGAACACCUGCUGGUUGGAGCACCUCCAGGGUCCAUUGGAAGGGUGAGUGACUCAGGCUUUGUGGACAGUACCAUAUUUGUCGGCUGGCUCCACCACUUUGCCCGCAGUGUUGGUUGUACCCCUGAGGAACCCCACAUCCUCAUCCUCGAUGGGCACCACUCCCAUAAGACCCUGGAGGCUGUUCUGACAGCAAGAGGCCAUGGAGUGAUUCACAUCACUCUGCCACCCCACUGCAGCCACAAGCUGCAGCCCUGCAACUGCAGCAGUUCUAUUGGAGUUGUCCCUAAGGCCGAGGAUCCAGGAGGCGAGACGAGGAAGAGGAAUGCAGAGUCUGCGGCUGGUGGAUCUGAUGAGAGUCUGACAGCAGAGGAGCAGAUGUACAUUCUGUAUGACAUUAAACUCCAAUGCCACCAGAACCUCUCCACCCGCGACCCUGCAGAUGACCUUUGCCCCCCUGGUUGGGACGGCCUGGUUUGCUGGCCUCAGGGUUACCCAGGAGCUGUCACCAAGGUCCCCUGCCCCAGCUAUGUCUACGACUUCAACCACAAAGGUUACACCUACAGGAAGUGUGACAUCAAUGGGUCGUGGGUGUUUGUAGAGAGCCUGAACAGCACGUGGCCAAACUACUCAGAGUGUCUGGGCCCUGGGUUUAUGAAGCCAAGCAACGAGAGAGGGAAACAGAAUUUCUUUGAGCGGCUGUAUGUCAUGUACACUGUGGGCUAUGCUGUGUCCUUCAGCUCUCUACUAGUGGCUAUCUUCAUCAUUGGAUACUUCAGGCGUCUCCACUGUACCAGGAACUACAUCCACAUCCACCUGUUUGUCUCCUUCAUGCUCCGAGCCGUCAGCAUCUUCGUCAAGGACCGGGUGGUGUACGCCAGCGCCGGCCUGCAGGAGUUUGAUGCGGUGCUCAUGGACAACUUCAAGACUGUGGCCAUGGCACCAUUGGACAACUCUCAAUAUAUUGGGUGUAAAGUGACAGUGCUGCUGUUCAUCUAUUUCUUGGCGACUAACUACUACUGGAUCCUAGUGGAGGGCCUGUACCUCCAUAGUCUCAUUUUCAUGGCCUUCCUCUCUGACACAAAAUACCUGUGGGGCUUCACCCUCAUCGGAUGGGGUGUUCCAGCUCUGUUCGUGGCAGCAUGGGCAGUUGUCCGGGCAACACUAGCAGAUGGAAGGUGCUGGGAGUUAAGUGCUGGGAACAUUAAGUGGAUAUACCAGGUUCCCAUUCUGACAGCCAUCGGACUCAACUUUAUCCUUUUUGUGAACAUUGUGCGAGUGCUGGCGACAAAGAUCAGGGAGACCAAUGCAGGGAGAUACGACACAAGAAAACAGUACAGGAAGCUGGCUAAGUCCACCCUAGUGCUGGUGCUGGUGUUUGGGGUCCACUACAUUGUGUUUGUGGGGAUGCCUCACACCUUCCAAGGCCUCAGCUGGGAGGUCAGGAUGUACUUCGAGCUCUUCUUCAACUCCUUCCAGGGGUUCUUUGUAUCCAUCAUCUACUGCUACUGCAAUGGAGAGGUCCAGACAGAGAUCAAAAAGACGUGGACUCGUUGGAACCUGGCGUUUGACUGGAAGGGUCCGGUGGUGUGUGGUAGGUACCGCUACGGCUCGGUGCUCACAGUGCUCAACAACAGCACCAUCAGCCAGUCCCAGCUGGCCGGGAUUGGCCCUGCCACCCGAUCCACCACCCUCUUCUCCAGCCGGGUCUACCGGAGCAACGGACCCCCUACACUCAGCACCCAUGCCACCCUGCCUGGCUAUGUCAUUAGUAACUCAGACCCAGACAGCCUCCACCCCUCCAUACCUGAGGAACCAGAGGAGGACAGUGCCAAGCAGGUGGAUGACAUCUCUCUGAAGGAGACGCUGCCUGUACUCAAUAGUAGCAUGACCGUAGAUGAUGAUGAGGAGACACUGUAGACAAAGGGAGAGACUGGAGGAUUUCCUGAAUAUGAAUAAUAUAUAUCUUGGCUGGGAAAAACACCAGGCCUUUGGGAUAGGGACCAAAGACUCCUGGCCCUAGACUUGGAACCGCAUGUUCAUUCAUAGAGAUACAAAUGUGAUAGUGCUGUGCGGGUUGACGCAUAACCCGCAGUCCCCACGGUUAUAUCCGCAAGGCGGGCGGGUUUAGUGUCCG